AUGACGACCAACUCAUUCGGUGGAGCUCUCCCUCGCUUUGACUUCCCGUCCCAACCAGCCCCAUCUGUAUCACGCAUGGCGCGCAUCCACAAAGCCCUCCCAGUUGUAUUAGUCGCAGCAGCAGUGGCUGCUGUAGCACUCAAGACUACCCAAGAGGCCAGAGAGUCUUACGCCUCCAUUCCCGCCAUGUUGUUCGGCCGCGCUCCAGCACAAGGCCUGGUACCUCGAGGACAAGGCAUCAUUGACAAGCAAAACGUUGACUUGGGCGCAAAGGCGAGCAAGUAA